AUGCUGUCUUCAUUGUUUCAGAUUGGUCGAGUUCUGAGAAGGCAUGCGAGCAAAUACACGAUUACGAAAGAAAUCCAAAAUACUGUGUGGUUUGCGCGUGUUCGGGACCAUCCACGGGUUGAAAACGAACGAGAUGUACUCAAAAGAUUCCAGCGACGCACUCCGUACCUCCGACCCUUGAUUGAUGAAAUCAACGAACCGUCUGCAAUUAAGACUUUACAUGAGGAUGGGUUCGUGCACGCAGGCCUGACGCUAAUUUUUAUAAGCUAUGGACUGUAUGAAGGCGACAUACGAUUUUCUGAAGUCCAACUGGGCGACUUGGGUGGAUGUUACCCCGCUGACUCAGAGUGGGUUACAUCUGGCACCGUGAUGGGAACGCCAAUGUGGACGAGCUCAGAGAUUCUCUUGGGAAUUCUCAUUUACGGUGGACGCUUCAACGUUUUCAGACCCAAGGGAGUGGCACAGGACGACGAAGAGUACUCGUGUGGGGUUAUCGAGAACCAAUUCAAAUUCUUUGACAUAGAAGCGGCUCCAUCCAUUCUUUACCUCGUACAAUCGAUUCCACGGGAGAAGAAAACUCCGUUCAUACGGAUUACUGAGAAGGAAGUAACCAAAAGAGGCAAUGUCUUCACAUCCGAGAUGAUGAAGCUUGACUGGAGAGACCGCCCAACAGCGAAGGAGCUGCUGGGAGACGAUUGGUGGAAAAAUGAUGAACGACACUGGUUAUCACAACGCUGGGCAGGCGUGAUCUUCUGA